AGCUAAAUGAAGCUGUUCAAAAGUCAGCCAUGUUGUUAAAAUUCUUACCUUUACUCUUCCUGGUUUUAACGGCCGAAGGAUUUUGGUUUUUCAGAAGUCGAAUCGUUUGUUAUUCUCAUGUCGGGUGUUUCAGCAAUGCAGCUCCAUUUAAUAAUGUUAUGGGUGUCUUACCGGACUCACCUGAGAAGAUUCAAACAACCUUUAUGUUGUACACUCGAGAAAACCGAGAAUCCCCUCAGGUUCUUAGCCCAUACGAUUCAAAUACCAUCUCCCGAUCAAAUUUUGAUACACAUCGGUCAACAAUUUUUAUCACCCAUGGUUUUGCAGAUACUUCCAAAACUGGAUGGGCGCUAAAAAUGAAAGAUGCACUUCUGGAAGUGGAUGAUGUUAACAUAAUACCUGUCGACUGGUCCCACGGAACAGGCUUUAAUUACAUGAAAUCCAGCGCAAACACUCGUGUGGUUGGAGCUACUAUUGGAAACAUGCUAAAGGCCUUGUGGGACACAACUGGAAUACAGCUUAGCCGAGUUCAUUUGAUUGGUCAAAGUCUUGGGGCCCAUAUUAUGGGUUACGCUGGUGAUUGGACACGUUCAAAAAUCAACAUUGGUAGUGUUGGCAGAAUAACAGGUUUAGACCCAGCUGGAUUACAUUUUCAAGGAUUUGACAUCAAAGUGAAAUUGGAUGUCUCAGAUGCCAGUUUUGUUGAUGUCAUUCACACAGAUGCGGCAUCUUUUUCGGAUUUGGGACUUGGGAUCAGCAGUCCUAAUGGACACGUCGAUUUUUAUCCCAACGGAGGUAAAAGACAACCGGGAUGCAACGCUUUGAGGAGGGUGAUGUGUAGCCAUAUGAGAGUGAUUGAUUACUUUAUUGAGUCCAUCAAUUCCUCUUGUGAAUUCAAGGCUUUUCCCUGUUUAGGCUAUUGGGACUACUAUUAUGGAGGAUGUAGAUCGUGUCGUACUGGCUGCAACAGAAUGGGUUACCACGUGGAUAAAAAUGUACACGGUGCAUUUUAUUUGAAAACAAAAGCCGAAUAUCCCUUUUGUGUGGAAUGACAUUUGACUGGAUUGUACCACGAAAAUCUUUUCAAACAUUUGUCGCUGGAAAGAACCAUAACACAGACCUGCUCAAUAGAGGGAUUAGAAAGAACUCUCCAUAUGAUUUAAGAAGUCAAGUGUCCUCAACUUCCAAAAUAAUGUAGAUGGUAACUGAUUGAUAGGAGCAGAUUAUCCUAUAUGUCUGAAUGUGUUAGGAUGUCCGAAAAAAGGAAAAUCGUGUCCAAUAUCUAAACAAAUGCCAUUUUUACCGUUUUAUUAUAGUUAAUGUUCAAAUACAUACCGGUACCUAAAAUAUCCAGUUGGUAAUAAUAACGAAAACAGAUUGUUUUAGU